CUGGUGAUUACUCGACAUCGCGAGAUGAAGUGGCUAAGCGUGUUCCUGGUUUUCGGAAUCCUCGGGCUCAUCGGCAGCCUGGGCACCCUAUCGAUGGCGGAACCCCAUCCGGAACCCAAGGGUCGUCCCCACACCACCCGACGUCCGAGGAACGACAACGACAGCGAUCGACGCUAGCAAUCCGGGCGGAUGGAGGAGAUGGAGGACAAGGUCCAGCGAAGAUGCACCGAUCCGCAGAAGACACAGGAGGCACAUCGACUCUCGGUGAAGGUGAAAUGUUUUGGAGUCGAGAAAAUGCAAUAUGUUGAGGUCCUGCUCAUCUAGCGGGCGGGAUUUCCCCGGUUACACAAUAAAGACGCUUCCGUUUACAACAGA